CACAGUUUAUAGUAGAAUUUCAUUGUGAAUAGAUUAAAUUAAUUAUAACACUUAAAUAAAUAGUCUACGGCGGCGGCUAAUCUAAUACUCAUCAAAAGAUACCCAUAAAAUUAUGGAAAUAAAAAAUAUAUACAGAAGUGUAUAGAUUAAAAAAAUAUAUAACUGAUAAUUUUUAGUACAAAUUAAUUGGAACUAGUAAAACCAGUUUCAAUAAUGGCUUCGUUAACAUGGGUCUGCAUAUUCGCAAUAAUUCUACUAACAACACCAUCCAUAGACUGUCGGCGUAAAAAAAUCUUGGGUUUAUUUCCACAUCCCGGUGUAAGUCAUUUUCAUUUCUUUCAUCCGAUACUAAGAGGUCUGGCUGAACGUGGUCAUGAAGUUACAGUUGUCAGUCAUUUCCCAGACAAGAGUCCACCAAUUGGUUAUCAUGACGUGCCUUUAACAGGUCGCGAAACGUUAACCAACAGUGUAGAUUUGAAGAUGUUUGAAGAUCGUAAAUUUUACAAUCACUUUCUUGAAUUCUUUAUGCUGUACGAAUGGGGCAUCCAGGCAUGUAAUCAUACAUUAAGAUCGGAUGCUUUGCGCAAAGUAAUGACUCCAGGAGUACGUUAUGAUGUGAUCUUAAUGGAACAAUUCAAUUCGGAUUGUAUGAUGGGUGUUGCACAUUUACUGGGUGCCCCAGUGAUUGCCCUUAGCAGUUGCGCCAUGAUGCCUUGGCAUUACGAACGUAUGGGUAUGCCUAUUAUACCAUCGUAUAUACCGGCCUUAUUUAUGGGCCAAUCGGAGGAAAUGGGUUUAGUUGGCCGCAUGGGAAAUUGGUUCACCUUCCAUGGCAUAAACUUAUUGUAUAAAAUAUUUUCAAUACCAGCUGCAGACUCUUUAGUUCAAUACAAGUUUGGCCGUGAUAUGCCUUCGGUAGGUGAAUUGGUUAAAGAGACGAACGUCAUGUUUGUCAAUCAACAUUUUUCGUUGAGUGGCUCAAAGCCUCUGCCACCAUCUGUGGUCGAAUUGGGAGGCAUUCAUAUUCAAAAAGCCAAACCACUUGACGUAGACUUGCAACGGUUCUUAGACAAUGCUGAAAGUGGAGUUGUGUUCAUAAGUUGGGGUUCAAUGAUUAAGGCUGAAAGUAUGCCAGUUGAAAAACGUGAUGCUAUUGUUAAGGCCAUGAAACGCUUGAAACAGCGGGUAAUAUGGAAAUGGGAGAACGAUUCGCUGGUGGAUAAACCCGACAACAUGUAUAUAAAUAAGUGGUUGCCCCAACGAGAUAUACUCUGUCACCCCAAUGUUAAAGUUUUUAUGACACACGCUGGUCUCAUGGGCAGUUCUGAAGCCGCCUAUUGUGGUGUCCCUGUUGUAGCUACGCCCAUGUACGGUGAUCAGUUUCUAAAUGCAGCUGCCAUGCAACAGAGAGGCAUGGGAAUCGUAUUAAAUUAUGAAGAUAUUAAUGAAAAUAAUGUUAUUAGAUCUGUGAAAAAAGUUUUGGAAAAACAAUACUUUGAUAAUGCAAAAAUGGUUUCGUAUUCCUUUAAACAUCGCCCUCAAGCAGCUUUAGAUACGGCAAUGUGGUGGGUAGAACAUGUUGCUAAUACGGAGGGUACACCACUGGUGAAGUCAUCUUCAAUUUAUAUGUCACGUUUCAUAUACUAUUCCCUUGAUGUCUAUCUAAUUAUUGGCUUUGUUCUGCUGACUUCGGUACUGUCUUGGUAUUGGAUAAUCAACAAAUUGACUUCGAAACGUUCUAAGCUUCAAAAAAUUAAAACCAAGUAGAAGAGCAUAGUUGAGGGCAGACAAAUUAAAUGAAUUUAAAUUUCUUGUUGACUUGUAAUUUGUGAUAUUUUUGAAAAUAUAAAUAAAAUCCUUUAUUUGUAUC